AUGAGCGAAGCAAAAAAGACCGUCGAGCUGACGGCCGACAUCGACUUCAUCGAUACUCCGCCCGCCAAGCCCUCGCAAUUCCAGACCGGCGACGACUGCGGAAUCGAAGUCACCAAGGCCGCCGCCAUCAACAACCCGCCCUUGGCGGCUGAUGGGCCUGGAAACGAGAGCUUCUCCAACUAUGCCCUGGGAGGCGCGCUUGUUGGAGUCCCCGCUUUCCUGACCUGGUUCGUUGGCGGCGGGAAGAAGACCUUCCUCUUCUUUGCGCUUGUCUCUGUUCUUCCUGUCCUCGUGGCUUUCUGGACCUACGUCUCGACCUUCAGCCCGCGCACGAAUGAGAAGGUCAAGCUGCCCGGCCGUCCGGUCGAGCACUACAUCACGUUCAAGCGCGACGAGGACAAGGCGAAAUGGCACGGCAAGAACAAGAUCCCCAUGCAGACUUUCGCUGAAAUGUACCUGGAUGGUCUUGUUGAGUUCAACGGCGACACUCUGGAUGUCAUGGAGUACCGCCACGACUGGGCGAACUUCUCCUUCACCUGGGACCUGUUUAAGUUCAUUGUUGGCACUUUCUUCGUCGAUGUCCUGUUUCACACCAAGGCGCAGGAUGAGGAGCAGGUUCGUCCUAAUUAUGAUAGCGGCAAUGACCACUACGCUUGGUUCCUUGGUCCUCGCAUGAUCUAUACCUCUGGUAUCAUCUCCGACCCUGAGAAGGAGGAGACGCUUGAGGAGAUGCAGGAUAACAAGAUGGCCGUUGUUUGCGAGAAGAUUGGCCUCAAGGAAGGCGAGACGAUGCUUGAUAUUGGCUGCGGCUGGGGCACCCUCGCUCGCUUUGCUAGUCUGAACUACGGCGCCAAGGUUACCGGACUCACUAUCGCUGAGAACCAGACUGCCUGGGGCAACGACGCGCUCCGCAAGGCUGGCAUUCCCGAAGAGCAGAGCAAGAUUGUCUGCAUGGACUACCGUGAUGCACCCCGCACCAAGUUUGACAAGAUUACCCAGCUCGAGAUGGGUGAGCAUGUUGGUAUCCGCCGCCUUACCGGUUUCUUCCGCCAGUGCUACGACAUGCUCCAGGAUGACGGCGCCAUGUACGUCCAGCUCUCUGGUCUCCGACAGGCAUGGCAGUACGAGGACUUUAUCUGGGGUCUCUACCUGAACAAGUACAUCUUCCGUGGUGCCGACGCCUCCACUCCUCUGUGGUACUACGUCAAGUGCCUGGAAUCCGCCGGCUUCGAGGUCAAGGGAAUCGACACCGUAGGCGUCCACUACAGCGGCACCCUUUGGAGAUGGUACCGCAACUGGGUCGGCAACGUCGAGGCCAUCAACGCCAAGUACGGUCCUCGCUGGUACAGGAUCUGGGAGCUCUUCCUCGCCUGGUCGGUUAUCGCUUCCCGCUAG